GAAGAACGGACGACGCUGUGUGACGUCAUAUACAAACGUUCUGCAUCAUGGCGGCAUCAGAAGCAAGUGUACAAACAUCAUUCAUGGAUCCUUUCAAAGAUAUACUGAUUAAUUAUUUAAUGCCAGAGAAAUGUUUUGACGAGUUCUUUUUACAGUUCAAUCUUCUACAUGUUGAUUGUCUAAAGAUUGUAAUCAGCAAAGGCCUAGGCAUUGGGAUUAUCCUUGGCUCUGUAUUAGUGAAACUACCUCAGAUUCUCAAGCUGAUUGGUGCUAAAAGUGCAGAGGGACUGAGUUUUAACUCAAUACUACUAGAGCUGUUCGCUAUCACAGGCACCAUGGCCUACAGCAUAAUCAACAGUUUCCCUUUCAGUGCCUGGGGUGAGGCUCUUUUCCUUAUGAUUCAGACUGUGAUUAUUGGUUUCCUCAUCCAGCACUAUGCAGGAAAGACCAUCAAAGGUUUGGGGUUUGUGGUAGUCUACCUUUGUCUGUUGACCAUCCUCAUCUCUCCCUUGGCCCACAGGGAUGUAGUUACUGCCAUGCAAGCCUCUAAUAUGCCAGCAAUUAUUAUAGGACGGUUAAUUCAGGCUGGGACCAACCACAAAAAUGGCCACACUGGGCAGCUGUCAGCUAUUUCAGUGUUUCUGCUGUUUGCAGGCUCCCUAGCACGCAUAUUCACUACAGUGCAGGAAACAGGAGAUUCCCUCAUGGCUUUCACCUACGUCAUCUCUUCUUUUUGUAAUGGUGUAAUUGCAGCUCAGGUCCUGUACUAUUGGAACAAGACCCCUGCCCAUAAAAAGAAGGCUGAGUAAAUCUGAAUGAAAAAUGGACAACUUGAGUGCUGUAAACAGAUAACUGAAGAUCGGAUGUCUCCUAAUCAAAAUGACAAUUAUAGUCAAAUUGGUCCCUGUCCCUUGAUCAGUUGUUGUAAAAGGCAUAUAUUUUUAACCAUUCAGUGCAUGCUAACGCUGUGCUAUUUGAGAGUCGAGUAUAAAUACUGUAUAAAUGCACAUAUUCACUUAUUCCAGGUUCCCAAAAAUGGACCAAAAACCCAGUAUACUAUAUAAUUUGGGGAAGGGAUGAUUCCAUAUAGUAAGACCUUUUAUAUAUUCCUUGUUAGGGUAGUGGGUUAUUCAUUUCUUGUACCAUUUCUUAGCUCAGGGAAGGGAACAAUGUCCAGAGUAUUUUUAUUUUCAACCGGUCCAAAUCUAAAUACACUUUUUUUUAUGUAGUCCUUAUGUAUUUUUUCUGCGGUACUGUCUACCGUAUUGGCCCAUUUAAUAUGUACCCAUUUGCUGUCUGUAUAUUUGCUAAAACCCAUGGAGUAAAAAUGAUGCUGUUUGGCCUUUAUAUUCUCCAGUUCUCUUUAAGAGCUGGUUGUAAAACCUGUUGCUGAAUGCUACAUUUGGACAGGUGUUUUAUGUUCCAAGGUUUUCAAACAUGAAUUCCAGAAAUGCAAUGUUAUACAAAGCUUUUUUGUCCAUUCAUUAAAUGAUUAUUUGAUCAUG